AUUCUUCUCUCAUCUUUUUUUUUUUUCUUUUUUCCGUCUUGGUUGGUUGCCGCACGUGGUAACAGCAAAAAAAACUACGACGACUGCGGAACAGAUCUACUACUACCACACUACGCUACAAAAGUCAAAACAGCAAGAUCAAAGAUGGGGGCAGAUCCAGCACCCAACGAAAACUGCUCCUUCCCGUUCUCGGGAGAGCACUGCGACAAGACGUUUGCCGACGAGCUGGGCGGGUCGUACAUUGCCGCCCAGGCGAUAUUUCUCUCGGCAAACAGCCUGCUCGUAAUAAUAGGAUGUGUGUGCUCGUAUUACAUUACACGCAAGAGCGGCGGGUUCACUUGGAGCGUGGACAAUGCGCUCGUCUACAUGGCCACCGUCAUGGCCUUGCUCGGCAUCAUCCGAUGCGUCGACGGCAACGCCUGGUCUGACAUGUAUCCAAUGUGGUUUGCCAGUCUCCUGUACGACGUUACCACGUGCCUUCUCAUCACCAUGUGGCUGACGCUGGUCAACUCUUGGGCAACAUUCGUCUGCAAGGCGGUGCUGUCCCGCACGCACAACUUUGGUCGGAUUGCGAAAAUCACCUUCCGCGCGUCCCUCGUCUACUCUUGGAUUACGCAGCCGCUCUCGACUCUCAUCACCUACACGAUCGAAUUCUACGUCGGCAAGUGCCUGCGAUACGCGUUCAGCACCUUGAUCAUUGCGAUUUGGAUUCUCCUGUCGAGUUACUUUGCAUUCAUCAUCCACCGCGUUCUGGUCGAGGCGCAAAAGCGCUACGGCGAUGUUCAGAACUCGAGCAGCUCAAACCACCAGCACAAAUCCGACUCGCACUCAAAAGAGCACGAGAGCUCCAGCACCGCCCACAAAUCUGGCGACAACACCAGCAGCAAGGGCAAAGGGCGGCGCGUGGAAGGCGUGGCAAGUCGGCGCCGACGAUUGGCUGUGAAGCGAAUCCAGCGCAUGAACCUGCUUCUCAUCCUCCUGGAAUGCCUCGGCACAUUUGCCGUUGCCUAUUCGCUGGUUUCCUGGGUCCAAAACAAGUAUUCUCUCACCCCACCCAACGUCAUCCCGUUACCCCAAGGGUCCGACAUUGUCUUUGAGUUUAUCUUUGACAUUAUGUUUGUCAUUGUUUGCGUGGCGGUGUUUUGGUUCUUCCGACCCACCCGCGAGACGAAAGCCUCAAACAGCCGCGCUGCUGCGGAUCAAGACGACGCUGCCGACGUAGAAGCAACUGUCGAGAUUGGACCGCCGCGUGUGUCAUCGCGGCACGCGUCAGGGGGCACGCUCUCCAUGUCCUAUGUCGGUAUGAUGAGUCCUUGGAAGGGUUCAUCCACCCUCGGGGAUGAUAGCCCUUCGCCAGCACGUCCUGCAUCCGAAACCACCGUGGAGAUGGGAACCACCGCGUCAACACCGGAACCAUCAGAUACCACAGUUGAGUUGGGCACCGCAUCAGCACCGGAAAUCCCACCACAAGAAGAUUGAAGUUGUCAAUGAAUUCUUGUUGCGAUAUCUGCUUGUUGUUGUUGUGGCCGUGUGUGAAUCUGGUAUUCCACUGUGUUGUUGUAAAGUGCUGUUUUUUGCUUCCGCUUGUUCCCAAAAAAAAAAUGUUGUACAGGUUCAA